AUGUUUGAAGUUCUAGAGGUCCCACCAGGUAUGAAUUUGCCUUUUGAUCAAGGCUCGGUUGCUUUAUCAAGUUCCACUCUAAGUCUCGUUGAGCCGCCAGAUUCAGUCCAAAUAUCGGCCGCAGCUCGAACAAUUUGUCUAUCUUUCGCCGAUGACCCUCUCAUUGCAUGGCUCCGUCCAGAUGCAUCGAAAACGUGGGGUGCACAGGAACUGCAAGUACUGAAGCUUCAAGAACGUCGAGUCCAGCUCUGUCGAUUACAGAGGAUCAUACUUCAGUCACCGUCUGUGGAUGAAAUUAAAAAGACCAGCCACCCUAGCCAAAAAGCCCAGGAGCCGUGCCAAUAUCCCACAUCGGGCUCUGAUACCGGAGCAAUUGCGAUCCUCCACCCGCCGAAAGGACGGACUCCACUUACGUUGUCCAAAGUCUGGGGUCUAAUAAAGUUAGGGCUGGUUCAAUUGUUUGAUGAGGCUAAAGAUGUUGCUUUAGAUGACAGGCGAAUGAAAAUCUUCUAUAAGGCCCAUGACCAGUGCUUGAGCAAACUCCGUCGCCAGCUCAACGGCAAACUGUGGUAUCUGGAGAUUAUUGGUGUACAUCCAAGCAUGCAGGGCAAAGGUGUUGGUAGGGCUGUCAUGGAGACUGUCCUUACAUAUGCGAAUGGACAGCCGAUAGUGCUGGAAUGCACUCAGGAGGCGAACGUACAAUUUUACCGUCGUUUUGGAUUUGAGGUCUAUGAAGAGACCGAGCUAGUUGACCUUUCACUGACAGCGGCCACUGCAGCAGGAGGCAGGGUAAAGCUCUGGGUGAUGAUAUGUAAUCAGGGGAGGGAUGAAAGCAGCAGAUUGGAUCUUUGA